AUGGUUGUGGUGUCUCCUAAUUUUACGGCGCCGGUUGAAGGCAUUCUUUUACAAUCACCAGCUACUAAACUCUUAAUCAACGACUUUGAAGUGGGUACAGCUACAUUAUACAUCACUGAAAACAAUGUAGUUUGGGGCGGUGGGUCUGCAGCCACGGGCGGAGCGUCUCCGACUAUAUCUCUCCUUUACCCGGAUAUCUCACUUCAUGCUAUACAAAGAGAGCCCAGUCCUGCUUUGUAUAUGGUUGUCAAUUAUGAGUUAAGGUUACCUAAUCAGCCAGCUGGAGCGGGAGACACCAAUGAGAAUGAGGAUGACGACUUUGAUGUAGAUGAUCAGCCCAUCACACAGUUACGGUUUGUCCCGGAGAAUGAAAAUGACUUGCAAGGUUUGUUCUCAGCUAUGAGUCAGGGGCAAGCGUUACAUCCUGAUCCUCAAGAUGAAAUUGAAGAUGACCCCUAUAUGGAUGGAGAAGACUUCGAUGAAGAAGAAGAGUUUGAAGAUGCACAGGAGAGCAGCCACCCUGAUGAAGCAGCAAGCAGACUACAGCAGCUGAGGAUUGAGAAUACAAAUGGCAAUGCACAAUAUCACGAUUGUGAAGAUGUGGAGAAUGAACAGAAUAAUUAA